AUGUCUCAACCCUACCACACUUUAACCAAGUCCCUCACAUUUCCCAAUCUAGACCAGUAUCAAUGGUGGCAGCAAGCUGGGCCAACUCUGUCCAAGCUGCUCUCCACAGCCAAUUAUCCUAUCGACCAACAAUACCAAUACCUCCUCCUGUUGGGCCUACACAUCAUCCCCAUGCUGGUCCGCGGAAUCGGCACCCUCGAAUUCAGCCAAAACUUCACCAAGGACAAGAACACGGUCCGGAUGGGGUUCGAGCCGGUGCACUACAUGGCGACAACUGGACAAGACCCGUGUAACCAGCUCAUCAUGAACGAGGCAGUAACAACGUUCAAGCGACUGGGCGCUACCAUGGACUUAUCGCUCUACCAUUCCUUGGUAGCGGGGCUUACCGUCUCCGACACGGAGCUGGCCAUUCUUCGAGAGAAAGAUGAGCUGAAUAAACAGCCAACAAAGUCCCAGCAUGUCUUCGGAAUCGACAUGAAGGGAGGGGACGUGUUGGUCAAGGUCUACAUUUAUCCGCAGCUCAAGGCUCUUGCGCAGCAAGUACCCGUGUCGGAGCUGAUCUUCUCUGCCUUGGACAAGGUCGACCACGGUAAGUUGGGCGAGAGCGGGUGUCUUUCUGUCAUGAAGGAGUUCAUUGCAGACGAGAGUGUGAACCCGGCGACGACUCCCGUUACCUUUUUGGCCUGUGAUCUGCUGGAGCCUAGCCAGGCUCGGGCCAAGGUCUACAUCGCCGAGUUUCAGUUCGACUUUGAGACGCUCUCCCGGAACUGGACCCUUGGCGGGAGGUUGAACGACCCCGAGACCAUGAAGGGGCUGGAAUUGCUCCAGGAACUCUGGACGGCGUUCGACCUCCCCCAGGGACUGAGGGAGCCUCCUAAACCGGGCGACUCGCCGGCUCGGCUGCCGUUCCUCUACAACUUUGAGAUGCAGUCGGGGAGGAAGUACCCGAAGUCGAAGAUUUACUUUCCCUUGGCGGAUGUGAAUGAUCGCGACAUUGCGAAUGUGCUGGAGGCGUUCUUUGAGAAACAUGGAUGUGCUGGAUUGGCAAAGUCCUAUACGGAGAAUUUGUUGCAGUAUUUGUGA